AUGUCCAGAGCCCAGCCCAGAGCUGGGGGUCGGCUUCGGGCGCGGGUCACACACGAUCCACCUGCCUCCACGGAGACCAAGCAGGCGGCUCCCGAGUCCCCCGCCCUCUCCCAGGGCCGCUCCGUCAGCCUCAUGACACGCAAAGACGGCGAGGCCAGUCCCGCUGGGAGCGCCUGCGCCCAGAACACUGACACGGUCCCCGCCAUGGACACAGUCCCCACCACGGGCACAGUCCCCACCACGGGCACGGCCCCACCACGGGCACAGUCCCCACCACGGGCACGGCCCCACCACGGGCACAGUCCCCACCACGGGCACGGCCCCACCACGGGCACAGUCCCCACCACGGGCACGGCCCCACCACGGGCACAGUCCCCACCACGGGCACGGCCCCACCACGGGCACAGUCCCCACCACGGGCACGGCCCCACCACGGGCACAGUCCCCACCACGGGCACGGCCCCACCACGGGCACAGUCCCCACCACGGGCACGGCCCCACCACGGGCACAGUCCCCACCACGGGCACGGCCCCACCACGGGCACAGUCCCCACCACGGGCACGGCCCCACCACGGGCACAGUCCCCACCACGGGCACGGCCCCACCACGGGCACAGUCCCCACCACGGGCACGGCCCCACCACGGGCACAGUCCCCACCACGGGCACGGCCCCACCACGGGCACAGUCCCCACCACGGGCACGGCCCCACCACGGGCACAGUCCCCACCACGGGCACGGCCCCACCACGGGCACAGUCCCCACCACGGGCACGGCCCCACCACGGGCACAGUCCCCACCACGGGCACGGCCCCACCACGGGCACAGUCCCCACCACGGGCACGGCCCCACCACGGGCACAGUCCCCACCACGGGCACGGCCCCACCACGGGCACAGUCCCCACCACGGGCACGGCCCCACCACGGGCACAGUCCCCACCACGGGCACGGCCCCACCACGGGCACAGUCCCCACCACGGGCACGGCCCCACCACGGGCACAGUCCCCACCACGGGCACGGCCCCACCACGGGCACAGUCCCCACCACGGGCACGGCCCCACCACGGGCACAGUCCCCACCACGGGCACGGCCCCACCACGGGCACAGUCCCCACCACGGGCACGGCCCCACCACGGGCACAGUCCCCACCACGGGCACGGCCCCACCACGGGCACAGUCCCCACCACGGGCACGGCCCCACCACGGGCACAGUCCCCACCACGGGCACCGCCCCCACCACGGGCACAGCCCCCACCACGGGCACUGGCCCCACCACGGACACAGUCCUCACCACGGACACGGCCCCACCACGGGCACAGCCCCACCAUAGCAUGGCCCCCACCACGGGCACAGUCCCCACCGCGGGCACAGCCCCACCACGGACACAGCUGCGAAGACCUGGCUCUCACUGGGACACCUGAGCGGCCAGGCAGCAGGGAGCACAGAAGGCCCCACAGCCCGGGCUCGCACUGCACUCAGGAGACGGUGAAGGCUUCCUGGGGGAAGUGGCUGAGCUGGCCUUUGGACAAGUGGAGGAAGGGAAGGGAGCAAAGACCUGCUGGUCAGAGGACAGGAGGGCCAGGGGGCUGCCAGUGCAGGGGCAGGACAGGCCACGGAGAGCUGGAUGCCACGGGGACUGCUGCCGACACGGGUGCCGGGCCCUGGCCCACAGCCGGCACCACCGGGCAGAAGGAACGAGCAAUUGACCCCCACCCCCCGGGCACACAGCCAGACCUGCUCCCAGCAACCCCACAGCCUGCUGGACCCGUCACCCUCCUGCUGCCCUUCCUACCUGGGGGCCGAACCUGA